AUGACCGAUAAGGUCAGAUGUACAGUUGUCUGCACUGAGGAUUGCAGUUCAAAAAAUGUAACUGCUGAACCAGGAACCAGUAGUAAUGAUAAUUUAUCAGUAAACUUUACAAGUGAAAACAAAACCUAUGGAGGUGGAAGACCGUCCAGGGAUGUGUCAGUAUCUGACAGUGCAGGAAGUGAUCAGAACAGUGUAACACAACCCAGACCAAUCUAUGGUCUCAAGGCAGAAUAUGUUGGUAUGACUUCUGUCAACUUAACGUGGAAGGUGAAUGACAGUGCUUCCAGCUCCUACACAUACAGGAUAGAGGUAACCAUUGCCAAUGGUACCUCUAUUAGUAACGUGACGUCCAAUGUCACUGCAGCUGAAAUUACUGAGUUAAUCCCUGGGACACUGUAUAAAUUCACAGUAUUUGCAGUAGUGAAUGACAGUGAGACGGAAGAAGGGGAGCCCAUACAUCUGUAUACAAAGCCCAGCCCAGUCCAUGAUCUCAAGGCAGAAUAUGUUGGUGCUGAGAAAGUCAACUUAACAUGGAGAGUGAGUGAUGCUGCUUCCAGCUCCUACACGUACAGGAUAGAGGUAGCCAUUGUAAAUGGUACCUUUGAUAGGAACCUGACGUCCGAUGUCACUGCAGCUGAAAUUACCAAUUUAAUCCCUGGGACGCGGUAUAAGUUCACAGUAUUUGCAGUUGCAGCUGAUAAUAAGACAGAAGGAGAAGGACUGCCCGUACACCUGUAUACAGAGCCCAGCCGAGUUCUUGAUGCCAAGGCAGAAUAUGUUGGUGUGACUUCUGUCAACUUAACAUGGGUGGUGAAUGACACUGCUUCCGGCUCCUACACGUACAGGAUAGAGGUUGUAAAUGAUACCUCUAUUAGGAACCUGAGGUCUGGUGUCACCGAAACCGAAAUUACCGAUUUAAUCCCUGGGACGCGGUAUAAUUUCACAGUAUUUGCAGUAGCAGCUGAUAAUAAGACAGAAGGAGAAGGAUUUCCCAUAAGCCUGUGUACAAAGCCCAGCCAAGUUCUUGAUGCCAAGGCAGAAUAUGUUGGUGUGACUUCUGUCAACUUAACAUGGGUGGUGAAUGACACUGCUUCCGGCUCCUACACGUACAGGAUAGAGGUUGUAAAUGAUACCUCUAUUAGGAACCUGAGGUCUGGUGUCACCGAAACCGAAAUUACCGAUUUAAUCCCUGGGACGCGGUAUAAUUUCACAGUAUUUGCAGUAGCAGCUGAUAAUAAGACAGAAGGAGAAGGAUUUCCCAUAAGCUUGUGUACAAAGCCCAGCCCAGUCCAUGAUCUCAAGGCAGAAUAUGUUGGUGCUGAGAAAGUCAACUUAACAUGGAGAGUGAGUGAUGCUGCUUCCAGCUCCUACACGUACAGGAUAGAGGUAGCCAUUGUAAAUGGUACCUUUGAUAGGAACCUGACGUCCGAUGUCACUGCAGCUGAAAUUACCAAUUUAAUCCCUGGGACGCGGUAUAAGUUCACAGUAUUUGCAGUUGCAGCUGAUAAUAAGACAGAAGGAGAAGGACUGCCCGUACACCUGUAUACAGAGCCCAGCCGAGUUCUUGAUGCCAAGGCAGAAUAUGUUGGUGUGACUUCUGUCAACUUAACAUGGGUGGUGAAUGACACUGCUUCCGGCUCCUACACGUACAGGAUAGAGGUUGUAAAUGAUACCUCUAUUAGGAACCUGAGGUCUGGUGUCACCGAAACCGAAAUUACCGAUUUAAUCCCUGGGACGCGGUAUAAUUUCACAGUAUUUGCAGUAGCAGCUGAUAAUAAGACAGAAGGAGAAGGAUUUCCCAUAAGCCUGUGUACAAUUCCUGCCUUAGUGAACUCAUUUCAGUGUGAACCAGUGGCCAAGAAAUCUUUCCUAAUGCUUAAGUGGGAAUGUCCUUCUGGUAAAAAUUCUGGCUUCAAAAUUAAAAUAAGUAAUAAUGUAUGGGAAAAAGAAGAACUGGCUCGACCCUGCAUGACAGAAGGCUCAGAGGAAACCUUCAGAACAGCACCUUUAGAUUAUUUCAGCACCUAUACUAUUACUAUUGCAACUCUUUCAAAUAGUUUUGAAAGCACUGCAGUGCAGCAAACAUGUAAUACGAGCAUUACUGACCCACCUGCUCCAAGCAAAGCUCCUUUAGUCAAGGCAGUCGGUCACAGCUCGUUGUCUGUCGAAUUCUCUGAUUUUGAGUCAGUGAAUGGACCAUUAAAAGCCUAUGCAGUAAUGAUCACAACAGAAGAACAUGGUUGUGAGUCUUUGAAAUCUGAACUGAACAACACAUACAAAGAUUUCCAGAAGAAGACGACGGUCAGCUAUGUAACAUACGUUAUAGAUACACAGCAGGCAAAAUCACCUUCUUUCCAUUCUCAGAAUGGUACAAACAUUGUUAACGUAGGCAAGGGAAACUCAAUGUAUGGCUACGAAAACGGACCAUUGAUUCCACUUCAUUCAUACAGGGCAAGUGUUGCAGGUUUCACUAAUAUAACCUUUACCACGACCAACAUCAUUAUGGGGGAAGAUAGUUAUGUAUCAUUUUCACCCUGUUCUGAGGCAGUUUUGCUACCCCAGGAUCCAGGUGUUAUUGCUGGAGCUGUUAUUGGGUGCCUUUUAGCUAUAUUGGCUGUAGUCGCUAUAGGGGGUUUCAUAUUCUGGAGAAGGAGAAGGAAAGAUAAAAGAAAUACUGAAGUGUCCUUUUCUCCAAUUAAAGUCAAGAAAUCAAAAAUGAUUAAAGUGGAGAACUUUGAGUCCUACUUUAAGAAGCAGCAAGCUGACUCCAACUGUGGUUUUGCUGAAGAGUAUGAGGAACUUAAGUCUGCUGGUGUUCAUCAGCCCAAAUUUGCUGCUGAACUUGCCGAGAACAGGGGAAAAAAUAGAUACAACAAUGUCCUACCAUAUGACAUUUCUCGUGUUAAACUUUCAGAUCAAAGCUCUGCAACUGGUGAUUAUAUUAAUGCAAACUAUAUGCCUGGCUAUAGCUCAAAGAAGGCAUUUAUUGCUGCACAGGGUCCUUUACCCAAUACUAUAGAUGACUUCUGGCGCAUGAUUUGGGAGAAGAAUAUCUACUCUGUUGUUAUGUUGACAAAAUGUGUUGAACAAGCCCGGACAAAAUGUGAGCAAUACUGGCCAGACAAACAAUCCAAGAGCUAUAGUGACAUUACUGUGACAAUGGUCUCAGAGAUUGUCCUUCCGGAAUGGACAAUAAGGGACUUCACUGUAGAAAAGGCUGACACACCAGAGAGCCACACAGUGCGCCAGUUCCAUUUCACCUCCUGGCCAGAUCAUGGAGUGCCGGAGACAACGGACCUUCUCAUCAACUUCAGACACCUUGUGCAUGAGUACAGCAGUCAAAAUCCAAUCGACUCUCCUACUCUGGUGCACUGCAGUGCUGGGGUUGGGAGGACGGGGACGUUCAUCGCUAUCGACCGCCUGAUUCAGCAGAUCGAAAUGGAGAAUACCGUGGAUGUGUAUGGAGUGGUAUAUGAUCUUCGCAUGCACCGGCCUUUAAUGGUGCAAACUGAGGACCAGUACGUCUUCCUAAACCAAUGUGUUAUGGAUAUUAUUAGAUCCCAGAAAGACAAGAAAACCGAUCUUAUUUACCAAAACAUGACAGCAAUGGCAAUCUAUGAAAACUUCACACCUGGGCCAGGCUUCGGGAAGGCCAAUGGCUACCACGCAUAAUCUGGAAGGAACGCGGUGUCUCCAGGAGGUGUUAUCUGCGCAUAGGAAAGGGAGAUGUUCUACUCGUGUUCCGGGAUUUUGUGCAGCGUCUCACGUCUGGCUUCUCCAGUUCUGUCUGCAUUUGAAGGUGUGAUCUACAGGAGGAAAAAUAUAAUGCUGGCAGGAGCUGCAGAUUGGUAUUAAAAAAACCCCAACAAAACCCAAACCACAAAAACCCAAGCAAAACUAUUGAAAGUUAACAGAGGGAUCUUGCUUUUUCUUGGGAAUUUAACAGUGCCGAUAGGUGAAAUAGCAUUUGCAGUAUGAACAGCGAACUAGAAUUUAAAUAUUAAAAUAAUAACACAAGCUUUUUAUUACAAUUUUAUAAGAUUUCAUUUACAGACACCAGGCUUGUGGGCUGUUUUAAUAUAUUUAAUUAUAAGUUUCAGGAACAUAUUUUAUCUACUGUAUCUGGUUACUUAGCUAAUAGAUAUGUGCCUCUGUGAUUUUUUUUUUUUUUUUUUUCUGUGUUCCUUUUUAUUUAAAAAAGGAGUACAAGCAGCUCCUUCAAAUGGACAUUUAUACUUGGAAAGCGUGCCUUUUCUAGUUGCUAUUCUAGAAAAAAAAAAACAGCAGAGAUUCUAUUUUUGUACUGAAACUCUUAAUGAAAACACAGAUUUUUAAAUAAGGCUUAUGUCAAACUUAACUGUAGUUGCACUGUUGUUGGCAGGACUCUCCAGAAGUGUGGAGGUGAGCUUCGUUUUUGCAUUUCACCACAAAUAUCCCCUGCCUUAAUGUUUCGGUGCCUCUGCUAGAGGAAAAGGAGUGUGGUCUGUCACUCCGGGCUUUAACUAUAGUAAAAAACCUGAGCAAGUGAAUAUGUGAUUGUGUGCGCGGGGGUGUGUGUGGGUGUGUAUGAAGGACAGAAUAGCUCCUCCCUGUUCCUGGCUGAUAUUCCUGUUUUUAUACAAUUUAUAAUGAUUUAUUUAAAGGUGCAAUAUAUGAUUUACUGAAUAAUGAUUACUCUAUUCUAAUAGAGUUUUACUCAGGUUGGUGUCUUUAUCAUUGUUGUUGUUUUUCCUCAGAUAUAUAAAUCUGUGAAAAUGUCGAACUAAGGUUCCAAGUGUCCACGCACUCCCAAACAGAUUGACUGGCUUUACUGUUUCUACCAAAACAUAUUGCACAAAAUUCUGCUGUAAAGACCAAUUUCUUGGUUGUUUUAGCCAUUCAAAACUGAGACACAUCUUACCUGCUUGCAUCUCGUUGAUCUAAUGUAAUUGUUUUACAAUUAUUUGCAAUAUACUGCUGCUGUUGUUUUAACUGGUCCUUUUAAAAACAGAAGCAGCAAGCAGAAAACCCCUAGUUGCUGAUUUUACAAGUCAGGGAUUAGACUGGACUUAUUUUGCUGGUACAUAACUGUUAGACUUACGGAGGCAUUACCAAUGAAGGGCUUCUUAAGUAGCGGGGGUGGGGUGGAGGGGUGUGUGUUUUUUGGUCUUCGGAUCAUUGCACUGGUUGCAUUGCAGAGGAGUAUGAAGUUUAUGAAUAAUGCUAUAGAAUAGCUAUAAAGUGCUGAAAAUCUUAUGAAGGUUUAAUAACCAGAGUUCCUGGAAUUCUGCUGCUUUUGGGAGGGUUGGGGGGGUGGUUUUUAUUUGUUUUAGCAGAGUUGUCAAAAAAGCUAAAGAUCCUAGGAGUAUAUGUGGAACAGUGGAACCUGGCGACCUCGCAGAAACCACUGUCAACUGAAGGAAAAUGUAGGAAUUCCUGAUGCACAACAGUAACUUUACAGAUAUCCAGAGGAAUUUUUUGCAACCUGGUGUGAAAUUGUGGUGUGCUGUGUCAUCAAAACUGGAGGACAAACCACAGCGCGCUUUUUUUUUUUGUAGCAGCCACUUGUGUGUUCUUGAAUAUUUUUUUUUUUUUUCUUGCUUUCUCUGGAAUACUUUAAGAUAAAUAAAUAAUUAAACCCCCCUGUUAAUGAUCCCACCCAAGUCCAUCCAAACUGGCAGUCCACAUAGUGGAUCUCUUGCCCGAUGUUCUUCCUAAGCUGCUGUCAGAUGACAAACAAAGAUAACCACUUGGACCAAACAGGACCAUUCCAAAGGAACUGGGAGGGAGAAAAGUCUGCCCCUUACAGUCACGUUAUUUUUCUUCUCUCUUAAUCUUUUAAUUACUGCACAUCUGUGCAGAGCACAGAGCCAGUAUUCAUUAUUCCAGGUCUCCCAAAAACUUGCUGCCUUACGGUGGCGAAUGCUCUCUCGCUUCAGAAGGCCCUUGUUCUGUGCCGCACAGAAGAGAGGGACGUGAAUCUUCUAUGCUAGAUCCAUGUGUUUGCAUUGUACGACAGCAGCACAGCAGAAACUGGCCAGAAUGGUGUGUUUCUGCCUACCUGCUGCCCAGAUGCUCUUGCAGAAAACAAAUGUAUCUGUCCCAUUGUUGUGAUGUUGGAAGCAGGCGCCAAAUUCUCACUCGUGUCAUCAUCUAAUGAGUAUCCAUUUUCAGUACAGCUCUAUGCAUGUGUUUUCCCCAAAGUGACUCAUUGUGAGAAGAGACUGAAGUUUGAAGUAAAUGACCUGCUAAUCCCAGGUAUAGGUGGAAAAAGCUGGUAAGGUGUAAAAUGUUGUAAACAUGAUGUUGGCCGUAGUGUCGAUGUGAGUCGGACAUACCUCGCAGGGUAUCUCUGCAGGAGGAGGAGGAGGAUUGCAGGUAAUGCUCUGCUACCUUCUGGGUCUGUCUUGGUCAAGGUGACUUGAAUUCCUGCAGAUAAUUCUUCCCUGCCUUCUGAUGUUACAAUUGCCGAGAUCUGUCUCUUUGGUCAGUGUUUUCUCUCAUCGUCGCUUACCUAAAGCUUUCCCCUUCUCGGGCUGAAAGCUGUGUCGCAAUUACAUCUGCAAUUCUACAUCUGCAUCUACAUU